AUUAUUUUUAAGGUUAUUACUUUCUUUCAAGGUUAUUAAUAUAAAUUGGUCUAAAAACAAGAUAUCCAAUCUAUCAUCUUGGUUUUGAUUGUUUAAAUUAUUUUAAAAUGGCUGGAAUAUAUCAUCCUAGUCGUGGGGGAGUUAGAGGGGGUCAAGAUCAGUUUAAAUGGGAAGACGUUAAAAAUGAUAAAGAUAAAGAAUACUAUAUAGGUCAUUCUCUUAUGGUGCCAACUGGUCAGUGGACUAAAGGUAAAGACAUAUUUUGGUAUACUAGAGACAAAGACGGGAAGUCUGAAGCUGAAAGAACAAGAGCUGAGGAAAUACGAAAAGUGAAAGAAUUAGAAGCCAGAGCAAUGGCAGCUGUUCUUGGGAAAAAAACAUUUACAGUCGAGAAUCCACUUUCAAAAGAGGAGAUUAAAGAAGUGUUGACUCGUGGAAAAACUGAAACUAAUGAAGCUUCAAAGAUAGCUGGAAUGGGUUAUAAAAAAUCGAUACAUAAAGAAUCAGGAUCAAGAUAUGGAACUGAAUUUGAGGGAGGAGAAAUGCGAGCAAACGAGGGGGUAAGGACCGCACGGGAACAAAACGAGCAAGAUAAUAAAAGCUCUAAAAAAAUUAAAACAGAAAAAAAAAGAAAACAUAAUUACUCCAACGAGAGUGAAGAAGAGUCUUUAAACAAGAAAGAAUUAAAUAAAAAGUACAAAUCUGGUAGAAGAGAACAUUCAAACGAUUUUGAUCGUAGCGACACUAAAUAUUUGAAGAAAGCUAAUUAUAAUGACUACCGAGAGAAAACAAGGACAUCUCGUGAAAAGUUAAGAAGUAGCGAACGACGCGAAAGAAAAAGAUCUUCACCAAGUAGCCCAAGAAAACACAAAAAAGAUUUUUCGGAAAAGAAAAGAUAACCUCUAACUAAUUUACCAAUUUGAAGAAAUAUAAUUAGCGCGCUUAAUUAAACUUUCAAUCCGCUGUGAGCUCCAGAUAUUUGACUUUAUUAGAACAAACAAAUCUUAUUUACUCUGUGAGCUUUUAUUUACACUUACUGCUACCAUUAUGAACAGUUCUUAUUUGCGCCUACUGGCACCAUUAUGAACAGUUCUUAUUGACGCUUACAGUGUUGAUAUGAAAAGCUUUGAUUUAAAAGAAUAUUUUGGUUAUAUCACGUGGGUUUUACCGCGUUUUGGUUCACGUUCCCGGCAAAUAUUUAAAAAAUUUAAUUGAAAGACUUAUUUUAACUUAAAAAUAAUAAUGUUUGAAUUUCUCGCUAA